AUGUCGACCGCUGGAGCACAAGCAGGCUUGGAAACCUUCGACGCCCUACACAUCGAAUACGAAAAUGCAUACAAGGACAAUCUUUACAAGCAACGCUGUAUUCAAAGCACUAUCGCUCUCCUGGAACCCGGUGCUCGGUGUCUGGAUGUCGGCUGUGGGACAGGAGUUCCUGUGGCUCAAAUGCUAGCUUCAGCGGGCAUGGAGGUCGUUGGUACAGACAUUGCACCAAAGAUGAUCGCCUUGGCGAGAAGUCAAGUCAAGGGCACCUUCCUUGAGACUGACAUGCUCACGUACCAGCCUGAAGGAGAGUUUGAUGCCGUCCUCAUGAUCUUCUGCCAUUUACAGCUAUCGUACAAGGACUUCCACACGGCAGCCUACAAGUUCGCCAGCACCUUGAGGCCUGGCGGCCUAUUCAUCAUUGGUGAGAUGCCUGCGGAUCGAUACGUCAAAGAUGUCUCCAGCUACGAUAAGUCGGGUUCUUGGGUGGAAGAUUAUCCGGCACCAUUCUUCGGAGAAGCAUUGCCAACGUUCAUGAUGACGGAGCAGGGUUUGCUGCACUUUUUGAAGUCUAUGGGAUUUGAAAUUAUCAGCAACACAGUCGACACAUUCCAGCCAAGCAGCCAAAAAUGUGACCCGGAGGAGCAGCAGUACGUUAUUGCAAGGCGGUUGCAUCAUGCACCAGUGAAGCAGCCGCAGCCGCAGCCUCUGCCACGCGCUUGA